ACGGGACUGUCUCAGCUGUUAUUUUCGUUAAGGAGUGUGCACGUACAGCAUGCGCGCCUCGUGCACGAGCCUCCUAUUGAAGCAGCCGUUACGCUUUUGGCCUGAGGGGGCAAUCGCGAGCAUAAAAAUUCAAAAUUCCGUAAAGUCCCUUUAAGUAAAAUUAGUAAUGUGUUAAACGCUUCUGAUUUGGAUUCUAAGAAAUGAUUUGUUCUGAGAAAAGCUGGUUUAACACGUCAUAAGCUCAGACACUCCGCCAUAAAUCUGCUUCUUCUAAUCUACUGCAACACUGGCAAUACACCAGAGUUGAUCUGGUAACUGCGGAACAAUGCUAGCUUGAGCUACUGUUAACGCUAACCCAAGCUAAUGCUAACAUCCAAGUUGGACAACAGUAAUCAACUAGGGCUGCAACAACAAAUCAAUAAAAUGGACGACGAAAUGCGUUGGCAAUGCAUUUUGUCAUCGAUUCGCAACCUUUAACAGUCAAUGUGUGCAGCUCAUGUGUAGGUGGCAACAGAGCAGAUCGAGGCAGAUCAGAACGAGAGAGAAAGCCGGUGUUUUGAUGAGGAACGACACACUUGGAACAGGGCUUUGCAGUGCCAGCACAGUUUCCCUUCCUGAAAACCUGCUGUUUGUGUCCACCUUGGAUGGAAACUUGCACGCUGUCAGCAAGAAAUCCGGCUCCAUCAAAUGGACUCUGAAAGAAGAUCCAGUUCUUCAGGUCCCCACACAUGUAGCUGAGCCAGCGUUUCUGCCGGACCCCAACGAUGGCAGCUUGUAUUCUCUGGGAGGGAAAAACAGCAAAGGCCUGACCAAAUUGCCGUUCACCAUCCCUGAGCUGGUCCAAGCUUCUCCCUGUCGGAGCUCUGAUGGAAUCCUUUACAUGGGUAAAAAGCAGGACUUGUGGUAUGUGGUGGAUCUGCUGACGGGUGAAAAACAGCAAACUCUGACUUCCUCCUUCGCUGAGGUCUUCUGUCCCUCAUCUUCUCUUCUCUAUCUGGGACGCACGGAGUACACAAUCACCAUGUACGACACAAAGAGCAGGGAGCUGCGCUGGAAUGCUACUUAUUCAGACUACGCCUCCACCCUCCCUGACGAUGACACCAAAUACAAGAUGGCCCACUUUGUGUCCAACGGCGACGGACUGGUGGUGACGGUGGACAGCGAAACCGGAGAUGUGCAGUGGGUCCAGAACUACAACUCUCCGGUGGUGGCCAUGUACAUCUGGCAGCGCGAGGGUCUGCGCAAAAUCCCCCACACCAACGUUGCCGUGGAAACCCUGCGCUACCUCACCUUCAUGUCUGGAGAGGUUGGCCGCAUCACUCGGUGGAAAUAUCCAUUUCCAAAGGAAACCAAGCCCACCAAUAAAUUCAUGGCCACUUUAUAUGUGGGUAAAUACUCCACCAGCCUGUAUGCAUCUCCCUCCCUGGUACACGAUGGGGUUACCGUAGUGCCUCGCGGCAAAACCUUCCCCCUGCUGGAGGGCCCCGACAGCCAGGAGAUGGAGGAGGACAAGGAGUGUGUCAUCACGCCCAGCACAAGGGUGAAACCCAACGCUGGGCUCCGGGAGCAAAACCGGGUCAACUUCAUGAGAAACUACCUGCUCCUAAUCGGUCAUCAUGAGACGCCUCCCGAUGCUCACACAAAGAUUCUGGAAAAGUUUCCCGACAGCUUCCCUCGUAGCCCGGGCAACGUCAUCCCACCAACCACUGAUAAGAAAGUAGAGGAGAAGAUCAACGAUAGUGGUAUGGAUGAUGGACCUACUGCAGGUUUUCCCGAGACAGCCAUCCUGGAGCCUGGCACCGGGGGUCGGACCCUGCGUUCCGAGGCUCCUGUGGACUCUAUGUUGAAAGACAUGGCCAGCAUCAUAUUCUCCACUUUCCUUCUGGCUGGCUGGGUGGCUUUUGUUAUCAUCUACCCCAAAAGCGUGCACAAGCAGCAGCAGCUGCAACACCAGGAGUUCCAGAGGCAGAUGGAGGAGAGGCUGGAGCUGCUCCAGAAGCAGCAGCCCUUCUCUCCAGCAGACGUGGGGUCUGCAGACGCCGACUACCUGGAGGUGACCCGCACUCGCUCCGAGUACUCAGACCACAGCAGCCCUAACGUCACCCCCCGAGCCUCCAACCACUCCAACGUGUCCGUGUCGGAGUUUGGAAGCUCGGCCAAUGAGCACGAAGAUAACGAGGAAGAUUCUUGCACUGUCAGAGUGGGCAACAUAGCUUUCCAUCCCAAACACGUCCUGGGCCAUGGUGCUGAGGGGACCAUUGUGUACAGGGGGCGCUUUGACAACCGCUCAGUGGCAGUGAAGAGAAUCCUCCCAGAGUGCUUCAGCUUCGCAGACCGAGAGGUUCAGCUGCUCCGAGAGUCUGAUGAGCAUCCGAACGUCAUCCGCUACUUCUGCACCGAGAGGGACCGGCAGUUCCAGUACAUUGCCAUCGAGCUGUGCAUCGCCACGCUUCAGGAGUAUGUGGAGAAAAAGGAUUUCGGUCGUCAUGGACUCGAACCCGUCACUCUUCUGCAGCAGACCAUGUCAGGACUAACACAUCUGCACUCUCUCAAGAUAGUCCACAGAGACCUCAAACCCCACAACAUCCUGGUGUCCAUGCCCAACGCCCACGGACGAGUCAGAGCUAUGAUCUCAGACUUCGGCUUGUGUAAAAAGCUCGCCGUGGGACGCCACAGUUUCAGCAGAAGGUCUGGGGUUCCGGGCACCGAGGGUUGGAUCGCUCCAGAGGUUCUGAGUGAGGACUCUAAAGACAAUCCAACCUGCGCGGUGGACAUCUUCUCUGCUGGCUGUGUUUUUUACUACGUGGUAUCUGAGGGAAGUCACCCCUUUGGAAAGUCUCUGCAGAGACAAGCAAACAUCCUGCUGGGCGCCUACAGCCUCGACUACCUGCAGAGUGACAAACAUGUGGACAUUGUAGCCAGAGAUCUAAUAGAACAGAUGCUGAGCAUGGAUCCCCAAAGAAGACCUUCAGCUGAAAGUGUUCUCAAACACCCUUUCUUCUGGAGUCUGGAGAAAGAGCUGCAGUUCUUUCAGGAUGUGAGUGAUCGAAUAGAGAAGGAAGCACUGGACGGACCAAUCGUGAGGCAGCUGGAGAGAGGAGGGAGGGCUGUUGUCAAGGGUGACUGGAGAGCGCACAUCACAGUACCGCUGCAGACGGAUCUGAGGAAGUUCCGCUCCUAUAAGGGUGGUUCGGUCAGAGACCUGCUUCGUGCGAUGAGAAACAAGAAACAUCAUUACCGAGAGCUUCCUGCUGAGGUGCAGGAGACUCUGGGCUCCAUCCCUGAUGACUUUGUCUCCUACUUCACGUCCCGUUUUCCACACCUGCUCAUGCACACCUACCUGGCCAUGCGGACCUGUGCACCUGAGAGGCCGUUCUUGCCUUAUUACUCAGCAGACCAGCUUCAGAAAACACAGAGCCAGUGUGCACAGACUGGGCUACAAAGGCCAACUGAGCCAAGCACUCUGCACCCACACACAUUAGAACCUUUGUUACAGCACCAAGAACCUUCACAUUCAAAACCCUCAUCACCAAACCGUCCUGCCUCGUUACAGACGGAGCAGACGGCAGAGCGAGGACCGUCCACAGAGACCGAGCCAAACGGCCAACACUCAUCCGAAUCUUUUUCCGUUUCCUUGAUGCAAACAGACCCUGGUCAGCUAGACACACACAUGUUGGCUCUGAACAGUGAACCAGUGUGAACUGAGCUCAGUGAGGUGGACCCAGCAAAAGUGGGGGAGAUGCCUUAAAGAGUCCAAAACCUGCAGUAGUCUGCUGCUGACUCAUGGGAUGGUGAGGACCAGGCCUGCACUGCCUGGGAUCCACUUUCAAACACAGCAGCUGAACUUUUAAAGUGCCUUCUGCUGACCAGAUCUAAAUGAGUCUCACCACAGAUCUCCUCAUCAGUGUGUGUCUGCUGAGGAGGAGUCGCACGUCCUACAGGCCGAGUGUUUUCAUGCAGCUGGAUGAGAAAUGUUUUUAACGUCAUCACAGCAUGUUCAAACGCCUGCUCUUUGCUCUGGGAACUGUGUGCAGAGUUGUUGAACACGUGUGUACUUUUAUUGUGCAAUGUUGUUUCUCAGUAUGUGCUGCACAGAUUCUGUGUGUAUGAUUUUGUAUGGACAGAUUUACCAUCAUGGAUCAUUUAAUAUGGCCGGUGUGCCUUUUAUAAGAACACAUCACUGUGCUGAGUGCAGGUCUAUGCUUAAUGUGCUUGAUUCCAGUUAAUGCUGCUAAUUUUCUUCUCGUCCGUAAAUCUAAACUGGCGUGCCGCCUCUGAGAGUGAUCUGUUCCAAAGGGCGACAUCUGAAUAACUUAAAUCUAAUGUAUGUUCUCUUAUAGAGCCACACGAUGCUCAUGUAUAACAACAUUUUAAUGAUAUCCAAUUGAAGUUGUUGACUUGCACAUUAAAUUCUAUUUUGUUUUCUACUUAA